AUGGUUGAGAAACUUUCGCCUUCCCUGGAUAAUUCGAGCAUCAAGUCGGCUCGUCAGCGCGGUGCCUCGCAUAUCGACUUCAAGUCGGCUUCGUCGGCUGUUGCUAGCAAGGCCAUGCGCAAUGAGCUGAACGAAAUGAUUGCGGCUGUGGAAGACCCUGCUGCCAAGGAUGCCUUUGCCGCUGAGAUGUCGUCGUUCUACCACCUGUUCAACCGCUUCUUGGCGGAGAAAGCUAAGGGCGAGAAGCUUGACUGGGAGAAGAUCCAGCCGCCUGCGCCUGAGCAGGUGACUCCAUACGCCUCUCUGCCCGAGGCUAGUGACCCCUCGAUGCUUAACAAGCUUGCCGUGCUGAAGCUGAACGGUGGUCUCGGCACCACAAUGGGUUGCACUGGCCCUAAGAGUGUCAUUGAGGUGCGUGAGGGCAUGACGUUCCUCGACAUGUCUGUGCGUCAAAUCGAGCACCUGAACGGCACCUACAAUGUGAACGUGCCGUUCAUUUUGAUGAACUCGUUCAACACCGAUGACGACACUGCGCGCGUGAUCCAAAAGUACGCGAACCACAACGUGGAAAUCCUCACGUUUAACCAGUCGCGUUACCCCCGUAUCAACCGCGACAGCCUGUUGCCGUGCCCUCGCAGCGCGACCUCGAACAAAAACCUGUGGUACCCGCCCGGCCACGGUGAUCUGUUCGAUGCGAUGAACAACUCGGGCUUGCUUGACAGUCUUAUUGCUAUGGGCAAGGAAUACGUGUUUGUGUCGAACGUGGACAACCUGGGUGCUGUGGUGGACCUCAACAUCUACCAGCACAUGAUCGACACGCAGGCCGAGUUUAUCUCGGAAGUCACCGACAAGACGAAGGCCGACGUAAAGGGUGGCACGCUGAUCGACUACGAGGGCACCAUUCGUCUUCUGGAAAUUGCGCAGGUGCCGAAGGAGCACGUCGAGGACUUCAAGUCCGUGAAGAAGUUCAAGAUCUUCAACACUAACAACCUGUGGCUGAACCUGAAGGCCAUCAAGCGCGUGGUCGAGAACGACGAGCUUGACCUGGAAAUCAUUAUCAACCACAAGGCGCUCGACAACGGCGAGCCCGUCAUUCAGCUGGAAACGGCGGUGGGUGCUGCCAUCAAGCACUUCCGUGGUGCGAAGGGUGUGAACGUGCCCCGUUCUCGCUUCCUGCCGGUGAAGAGCUGCUCAGACUUGCUCCUGAUCACAAGUGACCUCUACGGUCUUGAGCAUGGCAAGCUUGUUAUGAACCCGGCGCGUCAGUUCAACCAAACGCCUGUUGUUAAGCUUGGUGACACGUUCAAGAAGGUCGCCAGCUACCAGAAGCGCUUCAAGAGCAUCCCGAAGAUGAUGGAGCUGGAUCAUCUGACUGUGAUGGGCGAUGUUUCUUUCGGUCGCAACGUCGUGCUGAAGGGAACUGUGAUUAUUGUCGCCAACGAGGGUAACAAGAUCGAGAUUCCCGACGGCUCCGUGCUCGAGAACAAGCUCGUUACCGGUAACCUGGCGAUCAUCGACCACUAA